UUUCACAUCGUGGCGCGCUGUGGUUGAUUGCUUUGGCAUAAUAAACAUCGGUACUCCCUAUGAUCCAAGAGGCGACUGAUCUGAUUCGGGACGCCCCACCUCUCUCUCUCUCUCUCUCUCUCUCGCUCUCGCUCUCUCUCUGGUUUUGAUUCCCGAUUCAGGUGAAUCUAAUUAUCAUCUGGAACCCUAGAUGUUUAUUUCUGUCCCCUGAUUUUGUUUUAUGAAAGCCUACUGCUUUCAUAGUAGUCUCUGAAGCUCAGAAUUGAGUUUUAGGGCUCAAUUUGGGUGAAUCCACUUUGUAUCGAAGUGGGUUUUCAAUUAUGGAAGGUAACAAGGACGAAGCUUUAAGAUGUGUGGGUAUUGCCAAGGAGGCGAUCGCAUCGGGUAACAAGCAGCGUGCACUAAAAUUCAUUGGAAUUGCACGACGGCUUAACCAUAAUUUGUCUGUUGAUGAUCUUUUGGCCGCUUGCGAAAAUUUAGAUUCGGGGUCUCCUGGUCCUUCUAACGAUGAAAAACCUGUUGAUAGUAGUAAGAAUGAGGCGGCUUCGGGUAAAUUUGCUGAGGUUUCGAACGGGGAGCAUAAUUAUACUGAAGAGCAUGUGCAGUUGAUUAGGGAAGUCAGGAGAAGUAAGGAUUACUAUGAAAUUCUUGGUUUGCAAAAAGGUUGCCCGGUGGAGGAGAUUAGGAAGGCGUAUAGGAAAUUGUCAUUGAAAGUUCAUCCUGACAAGAACAAGGCUCCGGGUGCUGAGGAGGCAUUUAAGAAAGUUAGCAAGGCAUUCAAGUGCUUGAGCAAUGAUGAUUCGAGAAGGCAGUAUGAUCAGACGGGAUUGGUUGAAGAAUUUGAGUACAACCAGCAGUACAAUGGCAGGCAGCGGAGAAGGAGAACUGGGCAUGAGUUUUUUGAUGAUGAUGUCGAUCCUGACCAGAUAUUCAGGGCGUUCUUUGGCCAGACCGAGAUGUUUCGGGCAUCUCAUGUUUACAGGACUAGGGAAACAGCCAAUCAACCGAGGGAAGAGUUUGGUGGCGCAGGGCCUAAUGUGAUGCUUCUUCUUCAAAUAUUACCAUUUUUGAUAAUAUUUUUGCUUGCUUAUCUGCCCUUCUCGGAGCCUGAAUAUUCUUUGCAGAAGAACUAUUCCUAUCAGUUUCCCAAGGUUACUGAGAAACAUGGAGUGGAGUUUUAUGUUAAAUCACCAGAAUUUGAUAAGAAAUUUCCACUUGAAACUCCUGCUCGAGCUAAUAUUGAGAAUAAUGUGAUAAAGGAUUACAAAAAUAUGCUUGGUCGUUACUGUCACAUAGAACUGCAGAGGCGUCAAUGGAGCAGGAACUUACCAACUCCCCAUUGUGACAAGCUACAAAACUUUGGUAUCGCAUGAAGGUCAGUUGAAGAGUCCCUUCACUAUUAUUUAGAGAAUUAUUGUUUGGUUUUAGUUAGCCCUAUGGAGUGGAAUUUAUUUAUAAAUAUGUGGUGCUGAAACAUUAUGCGAGCAGUCUAUGUACAUUGUAUGUUAUAUUUAUCAAAUGACUGCUUUUCUUUCA